UAAUACAAUAAAUGGCAAAUUUAUAACAAUAAAGAGUAAAAUCUUUUAAUGAUGAUAAAUAAUAGAUGCGCACAAAAUAAAAUACCGACCUUUGUCUUUUACUUACACUUAAGUUUUAACGCUUAACAGUAAUUGUUUAAGUUAUCUUAUUAUUUGCAUCAUUUAAAAAUGUCUUAAUUUGUUCGGAUGCAUACUUUACAGAAUACCAAUCUAACGGAUUCAUUGGGAUAUGAAAUACCUAUACAAGGUCGCCCAUCGAGUCAUUUGCAACCACAAAGACAACAACAGAAUGAUUUGCCCGAACUUCCCAGAGAUACAACGCAACGUCAUCAAUUGGAAACCAAAGUGCCUAACAACCAACACUUCUCUAAAAGAAGCAAACGUCCAUGCAUUGUCACAGUGCUAGUUCUGACAAUAAUAAUAAUAGCAAGUGGUGUAGCAACCUUCUUGGUUUUUCACUUCAAGGAGCAAGAAAAUAAACCGACGAUGCCAACAACGUCAUUUCACAUUUCUACCAUCAUGACUACUAUGACAUUUUCUGUAUUAUCGUCGGUUUCUACAACAUCACUUAUCCAAAUUACGCCUAUCUCCCAAACGAUGGCGCCUACAACAGUUUCCAAAACAGAAGCUGUUGAUACAUCAACAACAACAACAACUGUUAUCCCCACCACGGUUAUUACAACAGUUAUACAAACGGCAAAUCCAGUAACAACUGUCCCCACCACGGAGACUUCAACAACACCAAGCUCAGCUACCACAAAAUUUACACAAACUACAAAUCCAGUAACAACUGCCCCCACCACGGAGACUUCAACAACAUCAAGCCCAGCUACCACAACAUUUUCACAAACUACAAAUCCAGUAACAACUGUCCCCACCACGGAGACUUCAACAACAUCAAGCCCAGCUACCACAACAGUUAUACAAACUACAAAUCCAGUAACAACUGUCCCCAUCACGGAUACUUCAACAACACCAAGCCCAGCUACCACAACAGUUAUACAAACUACAAAUCCAGUUACAACUGUCUCCACCACGGAGACUUCAACAACACCAAGCCCAGCUACCACAACAGUUAUACAAACUACAAAUCCAGUUACAACUGUCCCCACCACGGAGACUUCAACAACAUCAAGCCCAGCUACUACAACAAUUAUACAAACUACAAAUCCAGUUACAACUGUCUCCACCACGGAGACUUCAACAGCACCAAGCCCAGCUACUACAACAGUUAUACAAACGACUCAUCCAGCAUUUACUAUUUCUUCAACAGGUACGUUCAGGGACUGCCAAGAGCUUAUCAUAAAUGGCUACAGAAAAGAUGGAGUGUACACAAUAUAUCCAUAUCUCUCGAUACAAUCGCCAGUCAGAGUUUAUUGUGAUAUGAGGACGGACGGUGGUGGAUGGACGGUGUUUCAACACAGAAGAGACGGAUCUGUUGAUUUUUAUCUUCCUUGGGACGAUUACAAAAAUGGAUUUGGAGAGCCAGAUGGAGAGUACUGGAUAGGGAACGAUCAUCUUCACCAACUGACUUCAUGGGGAAAUUCAGAUUUUUACGUACGUCUCGAAAAAUUCACUGGCGGAUGGGCCUAUGCAAAAUACAACAAUUUCACUGUAGCUGACGAAUCAGAUGGAUACAGAAUGAAAUUAAAGGUUGGGUCAUAUCGAGGAAACGCAGGAGAUUCCAUUGAAAGUCAUGGAACUACCAAUACAAAUGGCUACAAAUUUAGCACCUCAGAUAUAGAUAACGAUUUUGCUCCCGCAAGUUGCACCGUUGCACGUCAAGGAGCCUGGUGGCAUAACAUCUGUACGUGGGCAAAUCUCAAUGGACGUUACGGAAACGGAAGUUGUAUAGUCAGUGGGAAUUGUAACUUCUGGUAUUCGCUGACGAACAGUUUUAGUGGAGUGAAGACGUCCUUCAUGAUGGUUCGACCUUGUGAAAUGGCUGGGAUAUAUUUUUCUGAUCUAUCCGGUAGACUGGACGAGUCACAACCGCCGGCAUAUGAUUCCUUAUUCGAAAGACAAUCAGCAUCUUCCCGAGAACAAGCUGACACACCAUCUGAUACACACCAAAGAGCAUAUGAUUCCUUAUAUAGAAGACAGUUUGCACUUCUGCACAUGGACCAAGGGACUAGAACGUCGCAUACUCACCAAAGAGAUCAGUCCAUCCAAGAAGGAACAAGGGAAGCAAAUAGAAAAUUUAAAUAUUACAUGAUUGUGAUUGUUAUUAUAUUUUUGGCUUCCAUUGCUGCAAUCGAAGUGGCUUAUCAAAAACAUUUCAAGCAUAAAGAUGACAAGGAAGAUACUUCUUCAGAUGAUAUUCGGUUAUCACCCACCAAACCCUUUCCAGAGUAUCCAUCAACUACAUCUUCCCAAUUCAUGUAUCAUACAACCAAACCUUCUGCAGAUUAUCUAGCCGGAAGCUGGGGAACACGUUUUAUUGUGUUGUUCAUGAAAAACAUACCGAAUACGAAGAAAUCCAUUUACGUCACAUCAGUCAAUAGAAUACAUAUAAACAUUACAACGUCUGAACGUCUAAAUAGUUCUCUCAAAAGUGAGAUCGACCAAAAAGCCAAUAUAUCCUCUUUCGAGCAAUUCUUCAUUCCAAGUUCAAUGGAGUUAGAAAGCUUUAAGAUAGAAACGAAAUGUAUAUUAAUUGAAACUUCUCAAAAUGCUAUGGUUGUAAGUCAAGCGGAUGUCUAUUCAUCGGUUGGGAUGACAACUCAUAUCCCGAUACAUAAACUUUCAACUAAAUAUGUUAUUGUCUCGACAAAUCCGGUGAAAUACUUCAGUCAAUUUGCAAUUGCUUCAAUUGAUGAAAACACUAUGAUAUGGAUAACCUUCCAAAUGAAUGAGACAUUACAAAUUGACGGGAAAAUAUAUCGGAGUGGGGAAACUUUUAGCAUCAAACUCAACCGUUAUGAAACAUACCAGAUUCAACAUACUGUGGACUUGACAGGAACGUACGUUCAGUCAUCUUUACCUAUUGCCGUCUUCUCUGGAAAUGAUUGCAACAAAUUAAAUGGGCAAGGGUUUUGUGAUCACCUAAUUGAACAAUUGCCACCGACAUCUAGAAUAGAUACAGUAUACGUUGUUCCACCCCAUCUGUACAGCAAUACCAAAAUACGAGUCAUGGCCAUCGAUAAAUCAACAAUAUUCUACAAUUGCACAAAUAAGACUUUUAACAAGUCGUAUAAGCGCAUUGAAUACUCUGAUAUUGAUAUUUCAAGCAACGGAGUGUGUUAUAUUCAAUCGAACAAACCUAUUUUGGUAACAAGUUUCGGUUUAUCUUCUUCAAUAAGAUACAUCGGGGAUCCUUCAAUGGUUAUUGUUCCAGGAUUUUAUCAGUACCAAAACUACUACAAAAUAAUAGUUCCUUUUGGAUAUGAUUACAGCUAUAUUACAGUUAUUAUGAAACAAAGCGACAGUAUACUGCUUCUAAACGGCUAUACAGUGGCAACAAGCAAAAUUCUUUAUCAGGAAAUUCUCUAUUAUAGUAUUCAUUUCAAGGUAAUGAUAAUACGUGUGCUCGCAGGUGAACUAACGGUGACAACAACGAAGAGCGAGAAUUUUGGAUUAAUGUGUGCUGGCAUGAAAAUUUUCCAAUCCUUUGCUUUUUCUGGUAAUUCUUAUUCCGAUAGGUCUGAGAGCUCGGGAGAUUCCGGAUACGCACGGUUUUCAACUAUCAGCAGUUCAAUUAAUUCAGAACAGAGCAUAGGGAUAUACACGGUCAUUUCCAGUUCAGCUUCAACUACGUAUGAUAACAUUUCAGAGGGCUUUUAUGACAGACAGAUUGGAAGAUUCAUUACACCAACAUCGGGCCGACACGGGGAACUUCCUAGAAUUAGAGAUGAUAAUCCUGAUCAUGUAGAUCAGAGAAACCCCAACAGUAACCAAGAACAUACUAAAAACUCCAAACGUCCAUGUAUUAUGGUGAUCCUGUCAGUUGUUGUCGUUGUUAUAUUAACUACUGUUGCAACUUUUGCUGUCUUGUAUCUCCAAGGACAAGAUUCUCCCAACGAUAACGGAAAUGUGUUGCGCCUUAACCGAAGCUAUCUGAGAAGAAUUAAUGGAACCGAAAUCUUCAGUGACUGCAAAGAUCUAAAACUGUUUGGAAACAAUAGUGAUGGGCUUUACACUGUAUACCCUGACCCACUUACAGAGACGCCAAUCGUCGUGUACUGUGAUAUGACAACAGACGGUGGAGGAUGGACGGUUUUCCAACACAGACGAAACGGGUCUGUUAAUUUCUAUCUUCGUCUAUGGGACAGUUACAAGCAUGGCUUUGGAGAGGCAUCAGGAGAGCAUUGGAUUGGUAACGACAAUCUUCACAAGCUUACUACUUUAGGAACCACUGACUUGUAUGUUCGUCUAGAAGCAUUCAGUGGACUCUGGUAUUACGCCAAAUAUAGCGACUUUAGUGUGGCUGAUGAAUCUGAUGGCUACAGACUGAGACUUAAAGCCGGGUCGUUUGAAGGAAAUGCUGGCGACGGCAUGGACAGUCAUGUGAGUACAGAUCCAAGUGGCAUGAAAUUCAGCACCAUAGACAUUGAUAACGAUAACGCCCCCGAGCGGUGUACUUUUGGUCGCAAGGGGGCGUGGUGGUAUAACGAAUGUACGCUGACAAACCUGAAUGGGAUUUAUGGGAACGAAACCUGUUUGAAAUCUGAAACAUGUAACUUUUGGUAUUUGUUAAGUAAUAGCUAUGUCGGUGUGAAAACUUCCUAUAUGAUGGUUCGACGUUUGGAAAAUCAAUUUUAUUGUGCAAAGUGUCCGUCCAGUAAAUGACACGAUGCGAGUACCAUUUUGUUAAAUAUGUAACGACAGCCUACAUAAUAGUCAGCAAUAUUUUUUUCGCAACUGUUACAGAUAUGUUAGCUUUAUAUCAAUUGAAAACAAUAUAUACAUGUAUCAUUUCAUUGUAUUGUUACUUAUGUAUUUAUACUUUUUCCCUUGCACCAAUAUCCAUACUUACAUAUUAAUGUUAUUCAUCUGAUCUAAAAUCUAAAAUUUUAAGAUGAAAAAUAAUUAAUUUAAUGUAUUUAAAAUAAAACAUAUAUG